CUGCAGGGCGACGUGUUUCAAGAUGCACCCAGAGGCCCCGGAGCUUGCGGAACAGGAGUGCGUGGGCGAGCCCGGUGUGGAGGCGUCUGCGGGGGACCACGGGAGCUCAGGCCUCAGGGCCCGCAAGGAAGACAUUAAUGAGCUCAAAGACACAUGUGUGGACCCUUCCGACACAUCCUGCCUCAGGGAACAGAAACCGAGUGGUGAUGGCCGGUCAGACAGUUGCCUGGCAGCACCCACAGGCCGAAAUGACCGGGAUGACAGCGGUACCAGAAUGACCAAAAGCCUCCUGCAGAAGCUCUGCAAGCAGCACAAGCUGUACAUCACCCCGGCCCUGAAUGACACGCUGUAUUUACACUUCAAAGGCUUCGACCGCAUCGAGAACCUGGAGGAGUACACGGGGCUGCGCUGCCUCUGGCUGGAGUGUAACGGGAUACAGCGGAUCGAGAACCUGAGCGCCCAGACGGAGCUGCGGUGCCUCUACCUGCAGGUGAACCUCAUCCACAAGAUCGAAAACCUGGAGCCCCUGCAAAAGCUGGAUGCCCUGAACCUCAGCAACAACUACAUCAAGACCAUAGAAAAUCUUGCCUGCCUUCCGGUCCUGAACACCCUCCAGAUAGCCCACAACCGCUUAGAGAGCGUGGAUGAUGUCCAGCACCUGCGAGGAUGCGCCCAGCUGUGUGUUCUAGACCUCUCCCACAACCUCCUGCGGGACCCGGAGAUCCUGGCUGUCCUCGAGAGCAUGCCCAAUCUGCGAGUGCUGAACUUGAUGGGAAAUCCAGUUGUCAAGCAAAUCCCCAACUAUCGGAGGACCUUGACUGUCCGCCUGAAACAGCUGACCUACCUGGACGACAGGCCCGUGUUCCCCAAAGACAGAGCCUGUGCGGAGGCCUGGGCUCGGGGUGGGUUUGCGGCUGAGAAGGAGGAGCGAGAGCUGUGGGAGAGCCAGGAGCGGCGGAAGAUCACGGACAGCCUGGAAGCGCUGGCCAGGAUCAAGCGGCGGGCGGAGGCCAGGAGAAGACAGUGGGGCAGUGGCCCCGAGGCAGGUGUGUGCACCAUCCCAGGGGGACUCGAGCUCCUGGGGGGGCCGGCCAUUGAGGAAGAGGGGACAGAGGAAGCACUGGGUGUGGACCCAGGCACUCGGCAGAAGAUGGAGGUGUUCGUUAGGGAAAGCUUCGAGGCCAAGGAUGAGCUCUUCCCAGAAGAGUCCGGCCAAGACCAGGAGCUGCCUGCCGGGGAGCAGGACCCAGAGACAGAGGAUCAGGAGGCAGCAGAGGUGCUCCCCACUGUGGCACAGAGCCCUCCAGGUCUGGGGACUGCCCAAGAAGAGCUGCCUCCCCACACUGUGGCUGCCACCAGUAAUGGGGUGGAAGAGAGAGAGAGGCUGGUGGCACAGGAGCGGCUCUUCAUCAACGACCUACCUGACUUGGAAGACGUGGAUGCCAGCGAGCUCCUCGGCCACCAGGAGGACCAGACCUGCCCUCCCAGGAUUGAAGCUGUCUCCAGCUGCUUGGAGGACGACAGUGACUCGGAUGCGGACUCCGUGUCACUCCCUGGGCGGGAGAACGGGUCCAGAGAAGCCCUUUCCAGUAUAUUCGCCAUUCCUAAAGGCCCCCCAAAGCAGGCUGAGGCCCCCUUUGCAGCCAUCGUUAAAAUGGGCACAGAACAGAGCUUGGAAGUCCAAAGAGGAGACAAGGAAUCUCCAGGCCCUCCGUCCCUCGGUCCCCUGAUCCAAGAGCUUGGGGACCUGCCUUCAGACCAGCUGCUGGGGCCCCAGGCCUCCCACAACAGGGACAGCACCACGCCCUCUUCCUGCCCUCCAGAAAACGGUGCUGGCAAGGAGGCGGCACAGGCUGAGCCGGGCGAAGGGACCGACAGCGAGGACAUUGAGUUUGGGCUGGAUUGACCCCACCCUAUCCCAUAGGGGUCUCCUCCAUCCCUGCACUAGGAGGGACAGACUGCGAGCUGGCAGCAGGCCGGGGCCGGAACCC